AACUGGGGUUGUCAUCGUCAGUUAUUGUGUGAAUCGAAGAGUCACUGUCGUGGUGCAACCAUAACCUGAUGAUUUGAAGGAUUAUAGUUUUGCUGUCAAAAAAGGACGUGGAUUAUCAAAUAUCUAUUAGAUUCAUUAUUUUCUUGGCCUUCAGUUUUUGUCUCACAACUUCAAUUGGAUUACUACGGAGAUUCCUAAUAUUUUCCUUUCUACGUGAAAGUUUUGGAUUAUCGUCCCAACCUGAACCUGUCCUUCAACAUCAGACAGGUCUCCAUUCUUAUCUCAGCCCACAGGAACAACUUACAGGAGAUCAACCUGAUAAUAACUCACCAACGCACCCUGGAAAGGCCAAGCCGUACCUGUCUGUCUAAUACAACAACCUUCGCAUAACCUACUCCUAUGAAUUGCAGUAGUCCACCUUAUUUCUUUGCCCAGAACUUUCCUUCUUUGAACCUACCAAUAUUCUUUCCUCAUCCUUCACUGCUAUCUCUCUCUACUUGAUUAUCUCAACAUCUCCUCCUUCUGUCCUUAUCUCUAUCCUCUUGCUCUCUCUCUCUCUGUGUGCUGUGUUGGUUGUUGUGAGCACCAGCCAUGGUGCUGCUGAAGCUGCAGUUCCCCCUGCAGAGGCGUGUGCGUCUGGCCCAGGGUCUGUGGCUGCUGUCCUGGCUGGCCGUGCUGGCUGGGGCCUUCACCUUCUCCCUGGGAGUGUACCUCAAGACCGAGCUGCUCCGCAGGGCAGAGGUGAUGGACAACACAGAGAUCCACGUGGUGCCUAACAUCUUGAUGCUGGUGGGCUUGGUAACCAUGGGGAUCAACCUGUUUGCUGGGCGGGUGUGUCAGGACUCCCUGGACUCUGCCCGAUUCCCUCCCUGGAAGCCCUUCCUGCUGCCCUGGUAUGGCCUAGCCUGGAUGGUGUGUGUCUGGUUGCUGUCUGCAGUGGUGCUCAGCUAUGCCCUGCAGGGACACCUUGAGGAGUCACUCAAGGUGGGCCUGAGGAACGGUAUCCGGUUCUACCGGGACACGGACGUCCCGGGCCGCUGUUUCCAGAAGGAGACCAUCGACAGGCUGCAAAUGGAACUGCGUUGCUGCGGCAACACCAACUACAGGGACUGGUUCGAGGUGCAGUGGAUCAGCAACAGAUACCUGGACUUCACCUCUAAAGAAGUCAAAGAUCGUGUGCGUAGCAACGUGGACGGUCGUUACCUGAUGGAUGGAGUCCCCUUCAGCUGCUGUAACCCCGGCUCCCCUCGGCCCUGUCUCCAGAACCACCUGACUGACAACACUGCCCACUACAACUAUGAGCACCAGAGUGAGGAGCUGAACCUGUACAACCGCGGCUGCAGACAGGCGCUGGUCGACUACUACAUGGGCCUCAUGAACACCAUUGGCCCCGGGAUUCUGUCGGUCAUCUCCGUACAGAUAUCAGUGUUGGUGAGCCUGCGGUACCUGCACACGUCUCUGGAGGGCGUGGACCCGGAGAACCCCGAAGCUGACAGCGAGGGCUACAUCCUGGCGAAGGGGGUUAAGGAGACCCUGAUGGAUGUCAAGACCACUGUGUUCAAACUGCUGCAGUUCGGACAGGUGGAGGCAGGUGACGAGGCAGAAGCUGGGGCGGACGGCGAGAAGGCAGCCACGUCCAGCUAG